AUGAAGAACCUGCUCCCCGGUGAGGGCGACCCCAACGCCGCGGGCGUUGGCGAGUCAAAGGACAAGAUGCUGAAGGUGGAGAAGAACAACGAAAACAGGAGCCUGAAGACCAACCGGCUCUUCCCAACACCCAACAAGCCUGACCCGAUGCCGCACAACUUGGCGUUCCUGUUUACGAAGAUCACGCCCGAGCAGAUGAUGUACAUGUGGAACGUGCUCACGUUCAUCUUUGUGGCCCAGUGCUCCAUGAUCGUCCUCUACGCCGGGGCGCUGGCAAUGCUGCCAGACAUGUGGUGGACUUGCACCCUCUGCUUCGGCAUCCCGUUCUCAUACGUGGCGAUUCAGCAGAUCUACAUUGACCACGAUGUGAUGCAUGGCGCAACCUUCCCUGUCUACGAGUUCCAGAAGUUCUUGACCCAUCCGUUCGCGGACUUCUUUUCCUUGCCUUGGGAGGAGUUCGUUCUGGAGCACAAUAGGCACCAUGCGUCAACUGUAGACCUGCUGAUCCAGGGCGAGUUUGGCUGGGACCCGGAGGAGUUCCACUACGCCCUGCAGCAGUGGGCUGGCCCCUGGAGCAGCAACUGGUACAAGUACCUCCUGACGGUUCCCUUCAUUCCGAUCAUUCACUUCUUUGGCCUCAACGACACCGGCUCCCUCUUCGCCCUGGAGUGGUGGAUGCACUUCCCGGAUGAGGGCGCCGGCGGCAAGUGCAACAAGGAGUUCUGGUCCAAGCCGCAUGGCCCAAGCUCGUUCAGAGACUUUGCCGACGGAUAG